CCUUUUUCUUGUUCAUUCUGUGGUAAAGGUUUCACACAAAGGCAAUCUUUGAAAAUACACAUGAGAGCACACACUGGUGAAAAACCCUUUUCCUGUUCAACCUGUGGUAAAGGUUUUACACAUAGUCAACAUUUGAAAGGACACAUGAGAACACACACUGGUGAAAAACCUUUUUCCUGUUCAACUUGUGGUAAAGGUUUUACACAAAGUCAGAGUGUGAAAAGACACAAGAGAACACACACUGGGGAAAAACCUUUUAUCUGUUCAAUCUGUAGUAAAGGUUUUAGACAAAGUCAAUAUUUGAAAGUACACAUGAGAACACACACUGGUGAAAAACCUUCUUCCUGUUUAAUCUGUGGUAAAGGGUUUACACAAAGUCAAUCUUUGAAAGAACACAUGAGAACACACACUAGUGAAAAAACAUUUUCCUGUUCAACUUGUGGUAAAGGUUUUACACAAAGUCAACAUUUGAAAAGACACAUGAGAACACACACAGGAGAGAAAGUGUUGAGUUGCAGUGUGUGUGGUGAAAGAUUGUCUUCUAAGUACCAGUGUAAGAAACACAAGUGUGCUGGUGAGAACAGCAGCAGCAAAUGAAACUGCAGGAUUUGAAAUAAACUGUCAAGACUUUAAUGUUGACUUUCUAACAACAUCAGCACAUAUAACAUGUGUGACAUUGUUGUUUGUGUAACUAUCUUGUUAAUAUGCUUCUACAUUUUUUUUUUUAACGUUGAUGUUCCAGGUAAUCUUAUUUUCAGUGAAGGUUUAGGAUAGCCAAAUAUAAGCUUUGGCUUAGCCUAUUCCUUUUUCGGUCAUGCUUUUUCUUUUCUUUUCUUUUCCUUUUGUGUGUAAAUGUGUAUGAUUGUUAUAAAUGUAUAGUCUGUCACACACAAUGGUUAAUGGUUGA